AUGUCGGAUACUAUAAUCAAAAGUGCUCAACCGGCAAAGCAAAAGUUAGAGGAUCUUCUCGACGAAGUAAAAGCAAUGGACCUAACGCUUCCUGAUCAACAUUUAGCAGUGGAGGGGAAGCAACAGCAACUCGAACUCAAGAGAAGGACUAUAGAAGAAAAAAUAAGGCGUCUAAAACUCUAUGUUGGUACACUCGGAUCAAUCAACGAAAAAUGGUCGGAGUAUAUCCAGAAACAAAAGAAUGCACAGAAAAGAAAGCAAGAAGAAGACAAAUACGCGGAUAUGGUCGACUCUCCCAAAUGUCUCAGCAGAUAG